GUCUAGAUACCUUAUCUUUCCUCCUUCAGAAUGUGACACACGCUUCGCCCUCAAUUACUUAAUUUGUUAUCAUUAGAAAUAAUAUUUUUCUGAUUUCUGGUAUAAAAAGAUACCACGAUUUUUACUCGACUACCAUUUAUUUCCUUGGGUCGAAACGGAACAGUUGGUGAUUUUUUUGGGGGCGCAGUAUUUUUGAAAAUCUGGUACAAAAUGUUGUUCACACAAGCUUCAUAUCUUAGUCAGAAGUGGAUUAUGACCUUUGGCGUGACCUUCUUGAUCUCAACGUGCUCCGCAUUUCCACAAUUUAACAACCAGCAGAAUAAUCAUAAUAAUCAAGUACAACAGACAGGUUUUCCUCUCGGAGCAGAAUUCGAUCCAGCGACGAGCUACUUCCCACAAAGGGUCCAAACCGGAAAUAGCAUUCCGACCGGAAGUUCUUCGUCGUCCCAUCCUAAAAGUGAGGACGAUUCGUUCCUGUCCCCACCCCCGCUAGAAGAACAACAGCAACAACAACACGUUCCUGCCCAAAAUUUCGUCCCCACGACCACCACCCCCACGCGGGACUCGUAUCUCAACAGCCAUUUCAGUGACAACGUGCCCCCAACGUCCACCGGAGGUCCGGUCAAUGUUAACAUAAACGGGAACGAGUAUGGCGAAAUAAUCCCGGCCCCGUUUCAAGGUGGGGUUGAUUCCUACGCGGCGUAUCAAAAUUUUCAACCAAAAUAAAAAAUCUGAAUAAAAAAAUGAGAAAAGUACAAAUAA